ACCGGAAGAUGGCGCUGUUUCCCUUACCAGUUGCUACGAAACACCAGUUUGGUGACGUCAACUGUGCGAGCCGCUUCGAGAGUCGACUAAAACACAUUUACAAAAUAUUUUUAUUACAAUUAAGUGUCUUCGGCAUGUUUGUCGUCCCGCUGCUUGGCUUCUUGACGCUGUUUGCUGCCAGCCAGGCGGACAAAGCGCGGCAAUUCUCACCAAGGCGCGCUACACCGCAAACAAAAGACGCCAUCUUGACUCAAGGCCCCCGCAAAGCAAGGCCACCUUACCUCAAACUUCCCGUCUACGUCACCUCCGAGCUGCCGCCGCGGGAGAAGCUCCAUCUGUCCCCGGCCACAGGCACCGGCCUGGAGCCUCUGCCCGGGCCCGUGCAGGGGCGCCUUCUCCCGGCCUUGUCUGGCCGGACGCCGCAGGGCCCGGCGGAGGACUCGGUCAGGAUUUUGUGCAAAAUGGACAAAAUGCACGUCAAAGUGCCAAAGGGCAUUUUGGGCGGAGGGGAAGUAAAGUUUGAAAUUAAACUUGGAACAUGUGGAGCCAAGAAAUCGUCGAAGAACUAUGUUUACUUCGUGAGCGAACUGAGCCAGUGUGGAACCAAGCGACAGAUCCUCAAUGGACAUGUGACAUAUUGGAACACUUUGCAAUACAAGCCAGAGAUGAUCCAAGGACUCGUAAGAAGAACUGCACCCUUCACACUGCCUGUUGCCUGCAAUUACACCAGGUAUCAAUACUCUUACAAAAUUGGAUACCUUCCGAAGAUUCGCAUCCGCCAGAUCGUUAAAGUGAUGAGGAACAGUGCGAAUUUCAUUCUGACUCCACGGAAUGCUCAGUGGGAAAGGCUGUCCCCGCGGGAUCAGUACGUGCUCGGAGAGCCCAUGUACUUUGAGGCGGAAGGCCCGCCCAUGCCCGACAACAUGAGGCUGUAUCUCCGCUCGUGUUACGUCACACCCGACAAGUCGCACACGUCCACACCUCAGUUUGAGGUCGUUACGAACUUCGGGUGCAUGGCUGAGAGUAAAUAUGGUCGCUCCAGAUUCAUCGCGUACAAGAACAACGCCGUCCGUUUCUCCGUGGAUGCUUUCUUGUUCAGAGGAAUGACGAACCAAGAUCUCCACAUACACUGCAGCAUGUCUGCAGAAAGCGCCACCCCCACACCAACUGCGAAGUCCUGCAACUACGACACCCACGCAGCAAGAUGGGUGGAACUUUAUGGUUCAGAUUGGGUGUGUGCCUGCUGCAACUCCAACUGUGGCCCUGCUGCCCCUGCAGUUCGCACAAUGACUAGCAGCAGCGGAGGAUGGAUGGUGCAGCCUGAAGGGCAGUUCUUCAAGAACAAGAAGACGACAUCGCUUCCUCACACUGAGGCAACACCACCUGUGAAAGUGAUGGCCUCAGCGACGACAACAGAGACCAAGCCGGAGCGUGGCAGGGAUCUGAAGUGGCCGUUUGGAGGUAGAGGAGUGGAGUGGGUGGAGCUGGAUGGGGAGGUGAAGAAAGGGAAAGACACCGCUGUCGUGGAGCAGAAAUUCCUGGAAGCUCAGCACAACUUUGAAGAGCCUGAAGUCAAAUUCUCCAAAAAUUCAGAGAGGAAGAAGCCCACCACCACAGUGCUGACUUCACCACCCCGACCGAGGACGGCCGCAGAGGGCAUUACCAUGCCUUGGCCUGAAGUGAAGGGUAGGCUGGACCAUACCGUCACAGAGACGGAGUGGCCGAUUGGAGGUGGAGGGGUAGAGUGGGUAGAGGAGGAGGAAGAGGUGGUGAAGGGAUCUGCUGUUGUGCUGGAGGAGGUCAAACAACCUCGUAGAACUUUUGAAGACCUCUUUGAGUUUGAUCAAUAAAGCCAACUGUUUAACACUCCCCCAAAUUAAGGGUGUCCACACUUCUUCCAAUGUGGUCCACACAUUGAAAAAUUAUGAUUUUUUAUUUUUAAGGAUUCUUAUUUGAUUAAAAAAAAACAUCCUAAAUAAUUUUUUUUAAACUUCUUUCCCUCCCUCUGAUUUUAUUUUUAGUAAAUUGCGAUUCUUAUUUGUAAUGAUUCUUAAUUGAUUAAAAAAAAAAAAAACAUUUUUUAUUUAUUAUUGAAGCUGCCGAUUCCAAUACAUUAAGGGUGUCAAAAAAUAAAAGAAAUUGAAUUAUAAUUCCUUGUAACAAUUCUUAAACAAUUUAAACAAAUCAGUUCCAUUAAAUAAAAAAUAGAUAUGUAUAUAUUAAAACAAAAAUAAAAUAAACUGAUUUUGUGUGUGUGUGUGUGUGUGUGUGUGUGUGUGUGUGUGUGUGUGUGUGUGUGUGUGUGUGUGUGUGUGUGUGUGUGUGUGUGUGUGUGUGUGUGUGUGUGUGUGUGUGUGUGUGUGUGUGUGUGUGUGUGAAAA